AUGGCUGGUAAAAAACUAAGUGAAAGAAAACUCAUUAAAGAUUAUUCAGAUGCUACAAUAUCAAGGUUACUUGGUUGUAACAGGGAUACCAUGAAAACAUUAUGGAAUAUUAUUUCUCCAUUAAAAAUAUUCUAUCAAGAGGAUCUUAUCAGACUAAUGGAUUUUAUCACCAACCAUCAAUCUAUGUUUGUACUCGCUAAUACCUACUCAAUAUCAGAAAAAAAUUUAAGAGAACGUUUAUGGAGUUGUCUAGAGAUUCUUACUGAUACUAUGCCACAGCUUGAUAUUAGGAACAGAUUUGUUGAUAAUCAAGGUGUCAAAUAUUUAAAUUUUGAAAAAAAUUCUGGUGCCUAUUGUUUAACUGCUAUCGAAAAUGCAAGUUUUCCUUUCCAAACUCAUGAUUCUGAAUUUAAAUCUGCCAAACAUGGAAAUAAAGCUGAAUUAAAGUACCAAAUGCUUGUUAAUAUAUCAAAUGGUACGAUAUGUCACCUUCAUGGUCCUUAUCCUGCAGCUUAUGAUGAUACUACUCUCUAUCGUGAAUCUUUAAAAAAUAACUCUUCGUUAAUAUCACAGCCAAAUGAAUAUAUCUUAGCAGAUAAAUAUUUCUCUGGGGAAGAAAGAUUAAUUUGCCCAAUAGAGAAAGGAAAAGGCCAACCAAAUCUCGAUAACAAUGAAAAGAUAUUCAACAAUUGGUUAUCUUCAAGUAGACAAUGUGUAAAAAAUUUAUCCCAAAAGUACAAGAGAUACAAAAUUUUGAAUACUCCAUUUAGAUCAAAUAUGGAAAAUCAUUUUAGAAUUGUAAAAUUGAUAACUUUCAUUAUCAACAAAAACCUAUCAGGCGAUUUACUCGAUAAUGUACAACUCCCAUCUUCCUUUCCUUAUGCUGAACGUUAUCUUACUGCUGUCCAUACAUCAGUUGCCCCUAUUGCCUCAGGCACACCAAUUACUAUGGGCUAUCAAGUUAAUUCAGCUACACCAAUUGCUUCAGGUGCUCAAGUUACAUCAGUUGCUCCCUUUGCUUCUGGUACAUCAGCUGCUAAAGCUGUUGUUCAAAAAACACCCUCAAACUAUCACCAUUCUCAACAUUUGGGUCGCCAUUCUCAACAUUUGGGUCACCAUUCUCAACAUUUGAGUCACCACCGUAAUCACCAUCCUUCAACCAAAAGCCACUAUAACUAUAUAUCUUGUACAGAUUUUUGCCCUUGUCACUCACCCACAACCAUAAAUUUAAAAAAUUAG